AUGCCGCCGAAACGCAAGGCCCUCGAAUCUGUCUCCCCCAACAUUGACGAGCGCAGCAAUGGCAAGAAGACCAAGACCGGCGCCGCCGCCGCCGCCGCCGCCGCCGCCCAGGAGGCGCCCAGGAGGCGCCCCCUGAACCUCAGCCACAGGAUCCCCAGCUGCAGUUACCAAAUUGCCAUGCAGGAUCCCCGUCACGCGUACGAGUCUAUUUGCAUUUGCAACCCCCUUCAAGGCCGCGACGACGAGGAUGACGAUGAUGACGACGCGAGCGAUGAAGAGGACGAAGCAGAGGACGACGGCGGCGCGAGUCUUGGUAAAAACGAUAAGCCCACCAAGAAAGCUUGUGAUGGGGGCAAGACAUGCCCAUGUGGCAAGUCGGCCGCCUCGCUCCCCUCCCACGAAUAUACCAUGACCAGGGCCGGCCUGGCGAGAUAUCGCAUGGCAGAGAACAUGAUGGACCUUCGCAACCCCGACGCGUUUCGAAUGCACACAUUCGGUGAUCACAUGGCCUACGGAGCGCUCGAGGUGGUGCAGAACAUGCUGAUGGAUUUCAACGAGGCGUACAAAGCCAAGCAGUGGCGCGAGGCCUGGUCAGUGGUGGAGGGCAUGGCGCUGUUUAUUCUAGUGGGCGAGGGUUUUGGAAUGUGCAUGGCCGACGACGGAGAGAUGAUUCGGAUGACUGCGGCACAGCUGGCCCGGAUGGUGCUCGCAGCGCUGGCGAUGCUGGACGGCGAGGCCCAGCUUGCCAACGACACCGACACCAAGAACCUGGGCUGGAUGAUGGCGCUGUACCAGGAGAUGGCCAAGGCGAUGCGGCAGCAAGGUCUGCUGGAGAGUGCCCAGCCUUUGAAUUCAAAGGCGUUCAAGUUCCGCGCGGGCAACCUGAGCCUCUAUCUGCAGUCGUAUGCCCGUCGGCGUGGCAUCACGGUGCCCGGCGCGGCCGACACGGCCAACGACACCGACCUCACAAUGCCAAAGACGGACGCCAAAGACCCGUGGGGUUGGGCGAGGGCCUUUGCCGCCUACCGGCGCGAGUGUGUCGCGCCUGUGUAUGCCUACCGUGGGUGGCAUAGGCAAGCCAUUGGCGGCGAUGGCUUGGACAUCUCGACAUGGACCAGCGCGGAGCGGAGGGUUUGUGCCUUUGACGACAAGGACCCUCUUCCGAAAGACGCUGUUGAGAAUCUCAAAAGAGGCCUUGCCCUUGGUCUUGCCUAA